AUGAUAUUCUGGAGGAGUGUCAUUCUUGAUGAGAGCAGGCUGUGGACAUCCCCAGUACCAUAUGUUUUGGAAGAAGACCUUGAGAUGAACGCUAAAGGAGUCAUCCUGAAAGCCUUUGAUCAGUUCAGGUUGAAGUCAUGCAUUGACUUCAAACCAUGGGACUCUGAGAAGUAUUACAUUUCUGUCGAUAAGUUACAAGGAUGUUAUUCAUAUAUUGGGCGAAAUGUCAAAACCAAGCAGCCACUAUCUAUUGGGAGAUUUUGUGAUGAGAUUUCCACCAUUGAACAUGAGUUCCUCCAUGCUUUGGGCUUCUACCAUGAACAUUCCAGAUAUGACAGAGAUAAUUAUGUGACCAUUGCAUUCGAGAACAUCCAAGCAGGUUUUGAGAUGGAUUUUCUAGAUGUUAGCAACCAAACCAGCACCACCCAGGGCUUCCCGUACGACUACUUUUCAGUAAUGCACUAUGGAAAAAAUGCAUUCAGCAGUGGCAAUGGGUCAACAAUUAUCACCAAAGACCCAAAAUAUCAGGAUGUUAUAGGUCAAAGACUGGAAAUGAGUCCCAGUGAUGUUCUGGAACUGGAGUUUGAAGCAGACUCUACCAUUGCAUUUAAGAUGUACUGCGGCUUCUCUAAUGGGAACAAGUGUCAAAUGAAUCGCUGUUCAAAUGCUGGCAGUGGCUGGGAAAUGGUAACAGAGGUUUACGGUGGUCCAGCGUCUGACCACACCGAUCUACCAAGUGGAGGGGAUUAUGGUAAUGAUACAGGUUACUUCAUGCAUGCUAGCACAGCAUCACUUCAAGAAGGAGACUCAGCCUGGCUAGAGACCCAGAAGAUGAGACCCAAUAGGGAUUGUCAUGUCCAGUGUCUCCAGUUCUACUUUUACAACAGUGGACACAUGUCAGACCACCUUAACAUCUGGAUCAGAGAGUUUCAAGAUGAAUGGGACAUCUCAGGAACCCUCCGUCUCAUGGGACAGAUCUCUGGUCCACCAACAUUUUACUGGCAACUCAAGCAUGUUACCCUGAAUGCCUCCAAGCACUUCCAGGUGGAGUUUGAGGCUCGUAAAGGAGCAGGAAGCUCUUCAGGCGGCUUCUCAAUCGACGACAUCAAUCUGUCCGAGAUCGAUUGCCACUUUACCAUGCAGUUGAAUGAUUUUGAGAACUUUUUGAACAAUAGUUACUAUGGAACCACUCUAUACAGUCAACGGCACUACUCCGAAGGUGGCUAUGCUUAUGCGGUUGGUAUUGUGCUGGAGGAAGGAUUUUUCGGACUGUUUGCGCAACUCUUGUCUGGUGAAUAUGAUGACCAGCUGGUGUGGCCUUGCCCACAAAGGCAGGUGACCUUCAAAAUGCUAGAUCAGAACCCCAACAUCCAGCUGCAGAUGUCCAAGCAAAGGAGUAUCACCAGUGACUUAACCACCUAUCAAUGGGACAAUCCUCGUUAUAUUGGAACUCCAUACGUAGAUGACAAUGGUGAGACCAUUUUUGCCGGACCCCUGCUUGGCAAACGUUAUUUUGCCGAUUACGAAGAAAUGAAAUCCAGAGACUUCCUCAAGGGAGGGAGCGCCAUUUUUGUCUUCAGCUUCCAAGAUCUCACUCCUCUCGGUAGAGGAAGUUCUCUACCAUGUCCUAAAGUGGAACCAGUGAAGAUUACGCACCCUCCUAGAGAUCAGGAAAAUGGCCCAUGCUCAUCACGGUAG